CGAACUGGCUGCUUCUGCUUUCAAGGGGUGUCAUCUUACCACCCUACCCCCACCCCAGAGUCCUCAGCCUUUCAGGGGGGUGCCUACUGGCCAGACAAGGCUGGGCACACCCCCCCCACCCCCCCGCCAGGAGCCUGAGGCUGCCAGCAGCCCUGGGCGGGAAGGGUGCCUGGUGUUCCGAGUGCCCGGUGCCCUGUGCGGAGCCUUGGCCGCCUGACCCCCAGAGACACAGAGGCACGCUCCCCACUUGGGUUUCAUGGAUUCCCAGCCCAGCUGCGUGGUGGUGACUGGUUUUGGGCCCUUCCGGCAGCACCUGGUGAAUUCCAGCUGGGAAGCAGUGAAGGAGCUGUCCAAGCUGGGCCUGAACAGUGACAAGAACAUAGAGCUGCGGAUUCUCCAGCUGCCUGUAGAUUACAGGGAGGUGAAGCAGAAGGUCACCAGAAUCUGGGAAGAUCUUAAACCACAAUUCGUUGUGCACAUCGGCAUGGACACCUCCGCCAAGGCCAUCAUUCUGGAGCAGUGCGCCAAGAACCGGAGCUACCAGGACGCCGACAUCCGGGGCUUCCGGCCGGCUCGCGGCGAGUGCCUUCCGGAUGGCCCGGAAGUGAUCGCGUCGGAGGUCAGCAUGAAGGCAGUGCGCAAGCGCAUUGCCGUGGAGGGUGUGGAGGUGAUCUUUUCUCGAGAUGCCGGCAGAUACGUCUGUGAUUACACCUAUUACCUGUCUUUGCAUCAUGGAAAUGGGUACGCGGCCCUCAUCCACGUGCCUCGGUUAUCCCUUUGGUUCCCAGCCAGGCUGCUGGGCAAAGCCUUGCAAGUCAUCAUCCAGGACAUGCUGGAGGAGCUGAGAAAGCCUGAGCUUGAAGCCUCGUUCGCAGAAAACUCAACCGUGGCGAUUCCAGCCCAGGGGAACCAAUUGGGGGACUGCUCCUUUAGAGAAAAUUAAAUGUUUCAAUCCUGUGUGCAGAGUUCAGCUGUGCUUUGAGAGACUUUUAAAAAAUGGCUUGUAAAACAGUUUACACGAGGAAAAAAAAGCUCUGAAUUAGCCCAACGAAAUCACAAAGGGUUAUUUUAUUGUCAGAAGAAAGAAGAACACUCUGAAAGGCAGACAUUUCACAAGGGAUUAACUAGCUUCAGUUAUGGUUUUCAUGACAAUAAAAUGAAAUCCUAGUAAUUUUUUUUUUCUUUUAAAAAGACUGCGCAGGGGCCUGUGGAAUCCUGCCCAGAUUGCUAAGACCGCAGACCUGCUGGGCAGAGCUGCAUGUGGUGGGUUGAUCUGUGACCAGCUGGCCAGGGGGAAAAACCGGGGCGGGGAGCAGCCGCUUGGUACCCCCUCCCUGGCUUCUACCCUCAUGCAUCAAGUGCCGUGUGCUGCUUCUGCUCCUUGAAUCUCUACAGUUUGGUUUUUCUUUUUCUACUCUUUUUAGUAGUAAAAUUGUAUUUAAUAUACAACAUAAAAUUUACCCU